GCGUUGUCCCCGCGCUCUGGCUCCUCCCCGCUGUGUGUUUUCCUUUUGCUUUUCCUCAUUUGUGACUUGAAGGAAACGCGGUGAGGACGGGAGGUGACUUUUUGUUUUCCUCCCGAGCCUCGGAGCACUUUACUCGGCGAGCUGUGGGCGUUGCGCCUGGAGCAGAGGCGUUUUAGAAGGAGGAAAACGCGGCCCGGCGCCUUGAGUCCCUUCGAGAGCGGCCGCACGGGCGAGGGGAGGUCGCUCCCUCCCUUCGAAGGGGCGGUGCUGUGGCGGUGGAGGGGAGAAACGCGUUGUUUACAUAAAUAAAGCGUAUCAAGAGCAGCAACGCCGCCUUUCGCCCCGUGAGCUCCGGCGGGCAGCGCUCGGUGCUGCGACCGAGAGCAAAGGAUUCAUUUGUGUGAUGUGCUUUUGAAAGAACAACGAAGGAUCUGUUGCAUACUAAAUGCUUUUGGGAAAACUCUCCUCCUGAUGUCUUUCGCAAACUAAUUGAAUCACCAUAGAAAUUCAGCAUGGGAGGAGCUGUGAGUGCUGGAGAAGACAAUGAUGACUUAAUUGAUAACUUGAAAGAAGCUCAGUAUAUCCGUACUGAGAGUGUGGAGCAAGCCUUCAGAGCAAUUGAUCGUGGCGAUUAUUAUUUGGAAGGAUACAGGGACAGUGCUUACAAAGACUUGGCUUGGAAGCAUGGAAAUAUACACUUGUCAGCACCUUGCAUUUAUUCUGAAGUCAUGGAAGCUCUGAAGCUUCAACCUGGAUUAUCUUUUCUAAAUCUGGGUAGUGGAACCGGAUAUUUGAGUACAAUGGUGGGAUUAAUAUUAGGACCUUUUGGGAUAAAUCACGGAAUAGAGCUUCAUUCAGAUGUGGUAGAAUAUGCCAAGGAAAAAUUGGAGAGCUUCAUAAAAUAUAGUGAUAGCUUUGAUAAAUUUGAGUUCUGUGAACCUGCGUUUGUGGUUGGUAACUGUUUAGAAAUAGCCUCAGACAGUCAUCAGUAUGACCGGAUUUACUGUGGAGCUGGAGUCCAGAAAGACCAUGAAAACUACAUGAAAAUUUUAUUGAAAGUCGGAGGCAUUUUAGUAAUGCCUAUAGAAGAUCAGAUCUCAAAAGGCUUUACAAAGCUAACCCAAAUCUUGAGGACGGGACAGAACACAUGGGAAAGUAAAAAUAUCCUUGCUGUUUCAUUUGCCCCGCUAGUGCAACCAAACAGAAAUGACAAUGGCAAACAUGAUACUGUGGGACUGCCUCCAUGUGCUGUGAGGAAUCUUCAGGACCUAGCUCGAAUAUAUAUCAGACGCACCCUUAGAAACUUCAUAAAUGAGGAGAUGAAAGCUAAAGGCAUUGCUCAGAAGGCUCCUCCUAAACGGAAACGCAGGCGAUGUCGUAGACGCAGAAUUAACACCUACGUGUUUGUUGGUAAUCAGCUCAUUCCUCAGCCUCUAGAUAGUGAAGAAGAUGAAAAAAUGGAAGAUGAUAACAAAGAGGAGGAGGAGAAAGAUCACAGUGAGGCCUUGAAGCCAGAAGAGCCUCCUCGAAAUCUAUUGAGAGAGAAAAUUAUGAGUCUACCAUUACCUGAAUCUUUAAAAGCGUACUUGACCUAUUACAGAGAGAAGUAACUUGUUUUAAGUAGAAGUAAUGCCUACUGAUAGUUCCCUUAUUCUUGAAAAUGUAGCAUUUAUUAAGAAAUAGGUGGACGAAUUAUUAUUAGUCUUUCAUCAAGACUGAAGUACAGCGAUAAAUCAUAACUUAUCUUUAUCUUUGCUACAAGGAAGACUUGCAUUCAACAGUAAAAUCCCUUUUUAAAAAUCUAUUUUUCUUUAAAUUUUGAAAAUGCUGUUUUAACUCUGAAAGAAAGAUAUAUUCCAUUAUGCAGCACUACCAGUAUUUUGCAUGGUAUGUCUUUUUGAUCCCUAACAGAUCUGUAUUGAUAAAAGGAUGAGUGAAAUUUUAUAUCUGCUAACUAAUUGUUAAACACAUGCAUCUGACUUGAGCAGUUUGUCUGUAUUUAUUAUUAGGGGAACAUUUUAAACACGCAGAUACUUAUCCUCUAAUGUCAGUACCAGACCCUUUAAAAAGUUAAUUUUACUAUGGCUUUGUUGCAAUCAUUAUUAUUAUGUUGGUAUAAAUGUAUUCCAACAACACAAGUGCAAUAAAUGUAUACAGACACUGAAUUAGCUGGCUUUAAUGAAAUAUGAAAGUGCAAGUUCUGAAAUGUCAGGUGACCCUACUACUUCUGCAUUUACCUUUUGCCAAAAGAUCUUGAGAGAAGUAACAGCUUAUCUCAGAGCCUUAAAGAAACAUCAUAUUGAAUGAAAAGGAAAGCAAUGCUUACUUCAGCUCUGCUUAUACUUAACUCCAUUGUAUGCUUUCAGUAUUUCUAACUAGAGGCGCUUCCUCAUUUGUGAGAUGUUUAGGACAGUACUUUUUUUGUUUAUUUCUGCAGCUCAUGGCAUUGAGACAUAAUGUUUUGUAGUACAAGACUGUACUUUAGAUUUGUCAUCUGUAUUUACUGCUUUUAAGUAGAAGUAGAACUUCAACAAAAUUUAGUUUGUAUUGCUUAUUGAAAUAGUUAUUAUAGUAAAAGUUAGAAUUUGUUUGGCAAGUGCACUUUAGUAAAUAGGUUUUAUACUUAACAUGCAUCUCCAAGAAGGUAGACUUGUGCUAGCCUAUAUUUUGUUUCUGAGCAUGGCUCUUAGCACAGAACUAUUCAUAAAAUCGUAUGCAUCUUUUGGAAACCUAUGAGUAGCAGUGCAGCUGUGGGGAUCCACAAUAGUGCUGAUUUAAAUUGUUUUACAAUUUUUCCUCUUCUAGUUGUGAAGUUAUUUGCAGUUCUGAUUUUUUUUUCUUUGUAUGUUCUUAACAUCUUAAUUUCAUAAUUCUUUGUUGUAAUGUAACCAUGAGGCAAAACACUGUUUAUUAAGAACUUGACAUGAUGUGCAUUAAAAGCCACAGUCAUUGGAACAAUCUGCCUGGACCCAGUGAAAAACAUUCCUUAUGAAGAAAUAUCCUGCACAAUACAUUUUUAAUACUGAUAAUUUUUCUGUGUGUGAAAUAACAGACAAUCUAACCAACUUUUCUAAAACAGUAAAGUUCCUAGUCCAAGUAUUUAUAACCAGCCAAUAUUAAUUCAAACUAACAGUCAAGUAUUGACUUCCAGAUAUAUAAGCUGAGACAGAAGAUGCAUAACCCUAUGACAAUGACCCUUUAUUGUGCAUUUCAUGCUGCAGUCCCUGGUUGUUUUUUUUGUUAAGGUACAUGAUAGUAAUGUUUAAAUGGAACUUCAUGAAGGCCUGCUGUACCAGCAUGUGGAGUUAUUUUCCGCAAUAUAUUUACAGUAUAAGUAAACAAUACUAUUUGAAAUAAAUGCUCUGACUUCAUCCUAAAGGCAGGAAGAACUACUAAGGAAUAAUUUUCCAAAAUAAUGAUUCUAAUAAAGUAGUUGUGAUGCUUCAGCUAUAAGAAUUGAGCAUAAUCUUGUUUUAAGUAGGUUAUUUUAGAUGGAGUUUAAAUCAUCUGAAGUUUGAGAUGUUUUAUUCUCUCCUUUUCUUGGAAUAUACAUCAAUAAACUCAAGAAUUUGAGAUUAUUGAAUAUCGCUUAUAUACUUUAAGGACUCUAUACAGGAUGCUUUUGGAGAAUAAACUGCAUUCUUUCACUCCUGUGUACUUGGAGAAAUGGACAACGGAUGAUUUGUCAUGAUUAUUCAGUAUGUAAGUCUUUUUGCAUUCACUGAAAGAGAAUGUUUCUUCUGUGUUUUUAUAUGUGGAUUUAUUUUACACUCUUGAAUUUAUAUUUACAUAAAAAGGUAGAAAAGCAAAAUGUAAUAAAACUUAAUUUUUGCCAUCUCACUUGAUGGGGACGUUGUUGCAAUAAAAAGGUUUUUCUGGUGGUUUCUGCUUGCUUGAA